CUAGGCAGGAAGUGGCCGGCGUGCCGAGACAAUAGGACGACAUUAUACCGGUGAUAAGAUGGCAGGAGCUGACGGUGACGAUUCGCUUUAUCCCAUUGCGGUGCUUAUCGAUGAGCUGAGGAAUGAGGACGUACAGCUGCGCCUCAAUAGUAUCAAGAAGCUGUCCACCAUCGCUCUAGCAUUGGGAGUUGAAAGAACCAGGACUGAGCUUUUGCCGUUUCUUACAGAUACUAUAUACGAUGAAGAUGAGGUUCUUUUGGCACUCGCAGAACAACUGGGAAGCUUCACUAGCCUUGUUGGUGGUUCAGAAUUUGUUCAUUGUCUUCUACCCCCUUUGGAAAGCCUGGCAACUGUUGAAGAAACAGUAGUUCGUGACAAAGCAGUGGAAUCCUUAAGGAAGAUCUCCAAUGAACAUUCUCCUGUUGAUCUUGAAGCGCACUUUGUGCCACUGGUUAAACGUCUGGCCAGUGGGGAUUGGUUCACUUCUCGUACAUCUGCUUGUGGCCUUUUCAGUGUGUGUUAUCCCAGGGUGUCUAGUACAGUUAAAGCAGAAAUAAGGCAGCAUUUUCGCAAUCUGUGUUCAGAUGACACUCCUAUGGUGCGUCGUGCAGCUGCAUCCAAACUAGGAGAGUUUGCCAAAGUCCUUGAGCUUGAGUAUGUGAAGAAUGAUCUCAUUCCACUGUUUACCAAUCUGGCUUCAGAUGAACAGGACUCUGUGCGUCUCUUGGCAGUGGAAGCAUGUGUAAGUAUUGCUCAGUUACUGCCUGAAGAAGAUCUGGAAGCACUUGUGAUGCCAACUUUACGUCAAGCCACAGAGGACAAAUCGUGGCGUGUCCGCUACAUGGUUGCAGACAAGUUUUCUGAGCUCCAGAAAGCUGUUGGUCCAGAGAUCACUAAAAAUGACCUUGUCCCAGCUUUUCAGAACUUACUCAAAGAUUGCGAAGCUGAAGUGCGGGCAGCUGCUGCUCAUAAAGUUAAAGAGUUCUGUGAAAAUUUGCCAGCCGAUGGAAGAGAGACCAUUAUAAUGAAUCAUAUCUUACCUUAUGUUAAGGAAUUGGUUUCUGACACAAACCAGCAUGUGAAAUCUGCCUUGGCCUCUGUAAUCAUGGGAUUAUCCACAAUUUUAGGCAAAGAUAAUACAAUUGAACACCUCCUGCCUCUCUUCCUGGCCCAAUUAAAAGAUGAGUGCCCAGAAGUGCGCCUAAAUAUUAUAUCUAACUUGGACUGUGUGAAUGAAGUGAUUGGAAUCCGCCAACUUUCUCAGUCCCUCCUUCCAGCUAUAGUAGAGUUGGCUGAGGAUACAAAGUGGAGAGUGCGGCUGGCAAUCAUUGAGUAUAUGCCAUUACUUGCUGGUCAGCUGGGCGUGGAGUUUUUCGAUGAAAAGUUGAAUUCCUUGUGUAUGGCAUGGCUGGUUGAUCAUGUCUAUGCUAUCAGAGAAGCUGCAACCAAUAAUCUUAUGAAGCUGGUGGAAAAGUUUGGAGCUGAAUGGGCCCAGAACACCAUUGUUCCCAAGGUUCUUGCCAUGGCAAAUGAUCCCAACUACCUGCAUCGAAUGACAACACUCUUCUGUGUCAAUGCCCUGUCUGAGGCCUGCGGAAAGGAAAUAACCACCAAACUUAUGCUCCCAAUUGUGCUAAAAAUGGCAGCUGACCAGGUAGCAAAUGUACGGUUCAAUGUGGCCAGAUCCCUACAACGAAUAGGCCCAGUAUUGGAUGGCACAACAUUGCAGUCUGAUGUCAAACCCAUUCUGCUGAAGCUGGGACAGGAUGAAGAUAUGGAUGUGAAAUAUUUUGCGCAGGAAGCAAUGACUGUUCUUGCAUUGGCAUAAGGAAGACGUAGGAAACACGGCCCUGCUCUCUGUUCUGUAUGAAUCUGGAAACAACCUUUAGAGACCUCAUGGAUACAAAUGGCAACUACUGUUGGAAGACCACAUUCCCACACAUGUGCCUCUUCUGGAAAAAAAAAAUACAAAACGUUUUUUUUUUAAGAAUUAUUUAUGCAUUUUCUGUUACUGUUUAUUUGCUUAUUGAUAGAAAGUCUUAUUUUUACUGGUGGCUCAGUGUAUCAUCUAAGUGUUUCAAAGCUGUUUUGGUGGUGGCGAAAGUUGCCUGGGCACAAAACCUACUAACUUGAACAUGAGACUGCAACAGGCUGCACCUGCUAUAUUCAUAAAAGCUUAAAUCUGUAAUUGUCUGUAAAAGUGAAGCUAGCAGUUUGUUUUUUUUUAAUUGUGGAGUCAAGUAGAGCAGGGGUAGGCCUGAUAUGUGAACUCCCAUGGAUUAGCAAACGCUCUCCUUAAUUUCCAGCUCAUCUCUUGGCCGGCUUGCAGUUGACUGGCCACUUCAGUUAUGCAUUAUAAUAUGCAUGUUUGUCUGGCAUAGGAAAAUCUAAAAUGGCAAGAUCCUCCCAAAUAGUGCUUCUGGCAUAAUGCCUAUGAAAGGACUUGCAUCCUAACAUGCUGAACUACUGUAAAUGAGUGACCCAUUUCUGUUUGACUUCUACCAAAAUGUGAGCCCGCUGCACGGCUGUGUCCUUUAUAACCCUAAAUUUAAAGGAUGCUGCAAAUUAAAUUGUUCCUGGUUUUUUUUUUCUUCUUUUAAUGAAGUGCUUAUUUGGCAAGAUUGGGGUGGGAUAUAGAGCAGAUGAGCACAAUUUUUAGAUUCUAAUUUGACUUACUGCCUCCAUAGUGGUCAGAAAGGCAUUCCCUCAUAGUAUAUAUUGCUGUUCUGCUUUGCACUCUUAUCAACUGUAGAAAUUGUCAUGUAUGUGCCCAGUGAAAAGGAAAUAAAGAUUAAACUUGU